AUGUGGCAAGUAACAAUUAUAUUUGCUGUGACAAUUGUUCGUGUGUGUUCAGAGACUAUCAGAGAACUUGACAACAGCAACAUGCAUUACUAUAAUAGAAAAGGUUUUCAGGUUCAGAGCGUUGCCUGUGAUCCCGGUGAUAUGACCCUGCAAUGCGAUGAUCGGUCCAUACGCGUCAUUGCGGCCAACUUCGGGCGGACGGACGAGAAGAUGUGCAACACAAGCAGAAAGCCCGGCGAUCUGAACUGUCGUGGCGCAAACUCUCUGAGUAUAGUACGAAGUCUGUGUGAAAGAAAAGAGAAAUGCGUAAUUGGUGUCAAUACAGAUGUGUUUGGUGACGCGUGCCAUGACACGGCAAAGUACCUGGACGUGACGUACACAUGUUGGGGCGGCGGUGACGCUGAUCCAGACAUGGUCACAUUCGACGGAAGACAAUACCAAUUCACAGGCACUUGUAAAACAUACGUACUUGUCAACGAUUGUGCACGUAAAACCUUUGAAAUCACCGCCGAUUUUCAGACAAAGAAUACAUCAGCGGCUGAACCGUCAACUAAGAUGAUUGGAAUUACCAUUAAGGCCAAGACGAUUCCUGCGUUACAUUUGCAGGAAGACAACUCAUACUGGGUAAGUGAUCCUAGGUAUAGCGCCCUCACGUGA